UCUCUCUCGUCGAUUCCAAUAGUGAAAAAUGGAGAAGGAGAAGGAAGAGAAGAAGGAGGAGGAGGAAGAGGAGAAGAAGGAGGAGGAAGAGGAAGAAGAGAAGAAGAAGGAAGAGGAGGAAGAGGAAGAUCCAAGCCUUGUAUGGAAGAAAUUCACUGAAACGGAGUUAGAGCACCAGUACUCCCCGUCGAGGUGGUCACAGCGCCAUGGGGAAGAAGUUAUAAUCUCCAAACACGUGGAGGAGGCGCGGCAGAGAAGCGAGGUGGCGCGGGGGUCGGUGGCGUGGCGGGAACAGCGUUACCAUCGGGGUCCGCGCGCCCUGUUGGAUGUCUUCGGGGAGGACCUGCCUGCUCUCUCUCCCCUGCUGGUGUACGUGCGGGGUUACUGGCAACAGCUGGACAAGAAUGUGUCAGCGCAUAUUGUACCUCCCCUGUUUGGCGCCGGGGUGGUGGUGGUGGUGGUAGGCUACGAUUUGGCGCCUCAAGUGGGCGUGGCUGACAUCGUGGAGGAGGUGAGGGCGGCCGUUGUGUGGGCGUGUAAGUUGGCUCGUGAGCGUGGCAGUGUGGGCGUGGUGCUGGCGGGGUGGUCAGCUGGCGGCCAACUUGUCACACAGGUAAGAGAGAGAGAGAGAGAGAGAGAGAGAGAGAGAGAGAGAGUGCAAGUCAUCAUUACUAUUUCGUUGCAACAACAACAACAACAACAACCACCACCACCACCAGGACAACAGCAGCAGCAAGAUCAAGAGCAGGAUCAGUCCCGUUCAAAAGACGCAAACGUAACCUUGGCGCCUUUUUUGACUGUCAUUAAGGGAGUGGUGACUUUGAGCGGGGUGUUUGACUUACGACCCCUUGUUACCACCUACGUCAACCACCCGCUGCAUCUGACGCCAGACACAGCCUGGUUCCUCUCCCCCCUGCGUCACGUGAGGGCGCUGGGUGCUGUCUGGGGGCGGGGCGGGGGGCGUGGAGGGGGCUGUGGGGAAGGGGGCCUGAAAAUGCUGGCCGUGGUGGGGGAAGAAGACCCCCCGGAAUUUAAAAGACAGUCUGAGGAUUAUGUUGAGCUCUCCACAGGCAUGCAACAGAAACGGCCUCGAAUCACAAUUUUUAUCAUAGAUGGCGCUGAUCACUUUUCCCUCGUGGGUGACCUUUUUCUCCCACAAUAUCCCCUGACCUCCCGCCUGCUGACCUUCAUUGACACCUGCUGCGGGAGGAGGAAGGACUGAAGCAGGUGUGGCAGCAGGAUGACAAGCAGGGCGUUAAUAUUAAGAGAAGGAAAAGAAAAAAUGUUAACCUGAUUUUUUUCUUCUUCUUCCGGAAAAAGAUUUAUUUAUUUUUUUUCCUAUUUUCUGGGUAAAUUUGGUGGUAUUAAGGUCAUGUGGGGGUUUGUAAAGGUCAUGUUGGGUAAGGGAAGGUCAGGUCAUGUCUGUGUGUCUGGUGAAAGCAGUAAAUCUUGUGUUUCUAGUAAGUUUCUUAAAAUAGUUUAAAGAAAGGGGUUUUGUGUAAGUCACCCCUUUCAUGUUGGUUUAGUGACACGUUUUCUUUGAUUAUUUCUUAUUUUAUUUUAUUUCGUCUAUUUUAUCUCUAAGAAGUAAUUCAUAUUUUUUAUUUACUCUUGUUAUUUUAUUGUAUUUUUUUUUUCUUUGUAUUUUUAGUUGUUACUUUAAUUG